AUGUUGGUAGCAGUAAGUGGAACGAAAUAUAGUGGUGCAGAUUUAGUAGUUAAAUUGUUAGUGGAAAAACAUGGGUUUGAGUUGUUAGAUUAUCAAAAGCCGGCCAUCGAGAUAUUGAAUUAUGCUACUGAAAAUUAUAGAAAUAAUCUAGUCAUAUUAUGUGAAACAUUGGAAUUGCUAGUUACUUUAGAGAAAAGAACUUUUUUUGUACAUUUAUCCGUUGAUGCUUCUGUUGGAGUCAGAUUGAAACGUGCACAAGAAUUUACUAAUAACUACAACGGAGAAAACGAUGAUAGUCAUAUUACUAAUGAAAUAGACAAGUUAAUUAUGCUUUUGGAUGAACAUGAUUUUAAUUCUGAAUCAAUAGAAUUGCGUGAAAAGUCACAUUUUAAAUUAAAAAUAGUGGGAAAUACUUUAACAACAUUGGAAGGUAGAUUAAAUAAAGCAUUAGAAAAACAAAUAAUUGUAUUUGAAAACAAAAAAUUUGACAAUCCAGAAGAAUCUAAUCCACCAUUAAGACCUGAUUGGGAUACAUAUUUUAUGAGAUUGGCCACAUUGGCAGCCUCACGUUCAAAUUGUAUGAAGAGAAGAGUUGGUUGUGUCAUAGUUAGAGAUUUUAGGGUGAUAGCCACAGGUUAUAACGGUACACCACGUCAUUUGACUAAUUGCUUCAAUGGGGGUUGUUCACGUUGUAAUCAAGGUGAUUCGCGUAAUUUACACACGUGUCUAUGUCUUCAUGCCGAAGAAAAUGCUUUACUGGAAGCUGGACGAGAUAGGGUUGGUAGUAAUGCAACUUUAUAUUGUGAUACAUGCCCUUGUCUAACAUGUUCGGUUAAGAUUGUACAAACCGGUAUCACCGAAGUUGUUUACAGUCAAUCCUACAGUAUGGACGAAGAGAGUUUUAAGGUUUUGAAGGCAGGAGGAGUUAAAGUUAGACAAUUCAGUUUUAUUCAAGAACCAAGAAUCAUCAUUGUAUGA